GGGAGCCGGGACGUGCCGACCCGUCCGGGGGGGGCGGAGCCCUGCGGCCCCGAGCCCAGUCCGGGGCGGGGCAGGGGGCGAAGCCACGGUCUUUUCGGGCGUCCAGCGGCACACGCGCCGGGCUGCGGUUCCAGGUACCCCCAGCUCUAGCUCGCAGCAGGCGCGGAUAACUGGAGGCGCGGAGCUGAACCCUCCGCGCCCAGGUCACCUCCCCAGACCUAACCCAGCGGAGACCAGGGCUUCGGGGCUCAGGGACCCCGCCCGGUCGGACCGCGAGCCGGGAGGAGGGCGAGCCCCACCCUGAAAAGAGGGCGCCCCCGAGAGCUGGGAGGCGGCGCCGCGCUCCGGGGGUCGUGUCGUGGGCGCCGUCCUGGUGGCGGGGCGCACACCACGGAGGGGACAUGCGAUCAGAGAAAUCCCUUACGCUGGCGGCGCCGGGGGAGGUCCGGGGACCGGAGGGGGAGCAACAGGAUGCGGGAGACUUCCCGGAGGCCGGCGGCGGCGGCGGCGGCGGCGGCGGCGGCUGCUGUAGUAGCGAGCGGCUGGUGAUCAACAUCUCCGGGCUGCGCUUCGAGACGCAGCUGCGCACCCUGUCCCUCUUCCCCGACACGCUUCUGGGGGACCCCGGCCGCCGCGUCCGCUUCUUCGACCCGCUGAGGAACGAGUACUUCUUCGACCGCAACCGGCCCAGCUUCGACGCCAUCCUCUACUACUACCAGUCGGGGGGCCGGCUGCGGAGGCCGGUCAACGUGCCGCUGGACAUCUUCCUGGAGGAGAUCCGCUUCUACCAGCUGGGGGACGAGGCCCUGGCGGCGUUCCGCGAGGACGAGGGUUGCCUGCCCGAAGGCGGCGUGGACGAGAAGCCCCUGCCCUCCCAGCCCUUCCAGCGCCAGGUGUGGCUGCUCUUCGAGUACCCCGAGAGCUCGGGGCCGGCCCGGGGCAUCGCCAUCGUCUCGGUCCUGGUCAUCCUCAUCUCCAUCGUCAUCUUUUGCCUGGAGACGCUGCCCCAGUUCCGUGCAGACGGCCGAGGUGGAAGCAAUGGUGGUGAUGUGGGCCGAGUCUCCCCGGCGUCCAGGGGCAGUCAGGAGGAAGAGGAGGAGGAUGACGAUUCAUACGUGUUUCACCCCGGCAUCACCCCCGGGGGGAUGGUGGCAGGGGGCUCAUCCUCGCUAAGCACUCUGGGGGGCUCCUUCUUCACGGACCCCUUCUUUCUGGUGGAGACGCUGUGCAUCGUCUGGUUCACCUUCGAGCUGCUGGUGCGCUUCUCCGCCUGCCCCAGCAAGCCGGCCUUCUUCCGCAACAUCAUGAACAUCAUCGACCUGGUGGCCAUCUUCCCCUACUUCAUCACGCUGGGCACCGAGCUGGUGCAGCAGCAGGAGCAGCAGUCGGCCAGCGGAGGCGGCGGCCAGAACGGGCAGCAGGCCAUGUCCCUGGCCAUCCUCAGAGUGAUCCGCCUGGUCCGCGUGUUCCGCAUCUUCAAGCUCUCCCGCCACUCCAAGGGGCUGCAGAUCCUGGGCAAGACCUUGCAGGCCUCCAUGCGGGAGCUGGGGCUGCUCAUCUUCUUCCUCUUCAUCGGAGUCAUCCUCUUCUCCAGCGCCGUCUACUUCGCGGAGGCCGAUGAUGACGAUUCACUCUUUCCCAGCAUCCCGGAUGCCUUCUGGUGGGCAGUGGUUACGAUGACCACUGUAGGUUAUGGGGACAUGUACCCCAUGACAGUGGGGGGCAAGAUCGUGGGCUCGCUCUGCGCCAUCGCCGGUGUCCUCACCAUCGCCCUGCCCGUGCCCGUCAUCGUCUCCAACUUCAACUACUUCUACCACCGGGAGACCGAGCAGGAGGAGCAGGGCCAGUAUACUCAUGUCACCUGUGGGCAGCCUACCCCAGACCUGAAGGCAGCUGACAAUGGACUUGGCAAACCUGAAUUCUCUGAGGCCACCCGGGAGCGGAGACCCAGCUACCUUCCCACUCCACAUCGGGGGUAUGCAGAGAAAAGGAUGCUCACUGAGGUUUGAUAGAUACAGGCAGCGCCUGCACAGAAGGAAGACACAGAGCAAAAUGAUCCCUUAGGGUUCCUUCUCAUCCUCCACUACUUGCACCUCAGCUCCUGUUGACUUCUGACUCCCUCCCCUACAUCCAGCGGUUGGCGCCAGAACCAUAUACCUGGACUGUCAACCUUGUUACCUGACCCCUGCAGCAUCCAAGGUUUAUCCAUCUAAGUGACAGUUUUGAAAUUCUAAUGGUGCCACCCAUUCAUGCCCAUCUUCUGUCACAUGGAUGAGUUUUCCAUCUGACCUUCCCUCAAGACUCUGACUUUUCAUGUCUGGGACUUGUAAUAUCUCUAGGAACAGAAAUGUCACCAGGAUGGAAACCAGGCACCCCUUGGUCCUGUUUCUCCUUAGCAUCCUUUGCUUUGGGGCAUGCACCUGUCUUCGCUUCUGGCCACACGGUAACUAGCAGACGCUGGUGGAUAGAAACAGUACCCAUCCUGCCGUUUUCCUCCAGUGCCCUAGAACACCGGACCCUUGGUAGAGCUUUCAGCUGCACAGCCUCAAGUUAUGUUAUUCAUCUCUAAUCUUGGUUGGAAUUAGAGAAACUACAAUUAGGCUUGGCUAUUUGGAGGAUCUUAGAGUCAAUCUCGAACCAAAGGGGUCAAUGGAUUCCUCCAGGUGUCAUCUGGUGCAGUGGACAUCAAUCUUUGGUCCACACUUAGUCCUCCUCACUCUGAUCCCCUGACUGUAGCUUCCAGGAGGGUUCCCUCUCAGAGCCAAAUAAGUCUUUUUACGUGCACGUGCCUUCCUGGGCAAGGAGCUGGAAAAGGGGGAGCCACAGAGCCUGGAGACACAGCUGACUAGAGUCAGGCACCUGGCUUGACUGCUUAUCUGAAGAUUAGACGAUGCCACCUUGGGGUGUGGGGUGCAGAGGAAUCUUGUCACCGACAGCAAAUUUCUGUCCCUCACUUCCCCCAGCCCUCCCACUCUUCUUCCUGGGAAUUUGAAGUAGGAUUGCAGUUGAAGGCUUUCAAAAGUGGACUCCAGCUUAAAUCCACAGACAGGUAAAAGCACAUAUGGGAUGCUAGUGUGGGUGGGUUUUUUUUCUUCCUAUUUUAUAGGCAAUGAAAUAGGUGCUUUAGAGUAAGGAAGACACAUUAUUCCUUUGCUGACAGCUUCCCUGUUAGAGAUUUUUUGCUGAGUCAAGCAAACAUGCUCCUGCUCUGGCCCUUGGAGCAGCUGUAAACUGCUCUCACUGGUGAGGUGACGGCGUGGCGGUCCCACCUGCACUAAGCCAUCGUCUUCCAUCAUGAGCCCCUCCUUCUGUCCCACUUGCCCGCUUCCCCUCCUCUUUCGCCUCGUAACAUUGUCAUUCAUGUGUUGCCUUGAUAAACUGUGAUUUACUGUUCUGAGCUCUCCUGGGUGCAGUUCAGAAACCAAAAGGACUGUUAACAUGUUUUAAAUUUUAUAAUCUCGGCUCUAAGACUCUUGGAUGAGAAUUUUUUUUUUUUUUACAAAAUAUUUUCUCGAAGAGCAGCUUAUGAG